AUGGGUCGGAAAAAAAUCCAAAUCAGCAGAAUAUUGGAUCAGAGGAACCGGCAGGUGACCUUCACCAAGCGGAAGUUCGGGCUGAUGAAGAAGGCUUACGAGCUGAGCGUGCUGUGCGACUGCGAGAUCGCCCUCAUCAUCUUCAACAGCACCAACCGCCUCUUCCAGUACGCCAGCAGCGACAUGGACCGGGUCCUGCUCAAGUACACCGAGUACAGCGAGCCCCACGAGAGCCGCACCAACUCCGACAUCCUCCAGACCCUGAAGCGCAAGGGGCUGGGGCUGGAGAGCCAGGAGCUGGAGCUGGACGAGGGGCCGGACCCUGGGGAGAAGGCAGGAAGGCUGAGCGAGGGCAUGGACCUGUCAGUGGCACGGCCCAGGUUUUAUAGCCCAGCGCCGCUGCCCGAAGCAGCCUACAGCAGCUCCCUGCCGGGCACCGACCUGUCCCUGGGCAGUGCCAGCAGCUCCCCACAGAGCCAGGGCCGCCUGCCUGCCUUCAAACCAGCACCAAAGCCACCGGGGCGCUCACCGGGACCACUGCCCCCAGGUCUCAGCUACCCCCUGUUCCCCACCAGCAGCCUGAACCGGGCCCUGGCCACCAAGACCCCCCCCCCGCUGUAUCUGGGGGCAGAGGCUCGGCGUGGUGAGGGCCAUGGCAGCCUGGCAAACAGCAGGAGUGGUGCCAGUGCAGGGCGGCCUCUGUACCCCACUCUGCAGCCCCUGAGCCCCCUGCUCACCUCGGGCAGCUCUGGCGUCCCAGGCCACAGCCUCGCUGGCUUCUCCUUCCUCUCCCCAUCCCAAGCAGCAGAAUUUGGGGCUGGCGAGGCCCCCCCAGCCCCCAGCUUCCUGCAGCCUGGCCCAGCAGCGUGGCAGCACCCCCGGGACAUGGCAGCACUGGGGGUCAGCAGCAGAAUUGUCUCCAUCGAGGAGCCCAGCCCCGCCCCCAGCACCUCCCCGCAGCACCAAACCAUCAGCAUCAAGUCGGAGCGAGUGUCCCCGGGACUGGGCUGCCCCUCGGGCACCCCCCAGCACCCCCUGGCCAGCCUGGCCUCCCUGAGUGAUGCCUCCCGAGGAGGCUCUGGAGAGCUCCAGCCCCGGGACGACUAUGCCAAGGGGUACCCCUACCCCCUGGGGACCCCCCGGCCGCUGGCAGAGGAGCAGAGGGUGCCGGUGCCCACGCGACGGGCACAGGCCAUGGACACUUGGCAGAGAUAG